UGAGUGGGGAGGGGGGGGCAAUGCUCCGCCAGGAAGCCCCGUCGUCACCCCGUUGCCCGACUCGCUUGCCCCCGUGGGACACUGUGCCGAUUUUCCAGCACCCGAACGAUCCCCCCGCCGCCCGGAGCUGAAGCAUCUGCCGGCUGAGCGGACAGCGGACGGGCUUUUUGUGUGUGUGUGUGGUAAACUAUCGUGGCUCUUACAAACCGGCCAGCACCGCGAAGGAAACAUGACUGCAUAACCGGGGGAAAAUGAGGCAGUGUUCUCGGAUCCUGAUGCUGUUGCGAUCCAAAAGUUCUUCGGAAGCUAUGGAUGGGGCAUAAAUCUUCUUGCUUAUCAUCGCUUUGUUGGUGUUACCAGAGCCAAGGAGAAGCAUGGUGAGGGACAUUGGGAAAGGAGAGCGAGAGAGAGAGAGCGCAGACAAAGGGAAGCACAGGAAAGAGCAGGGAGAAGAGAGGAAGACAAAGGUGGCGUGGUCUUCCUCUACCGGACUGCUGACAACAGAAAAUACACACUAAACAGUUAAAUCAAGUAAGCAGUGCAAAUAUCGAAGAGCUAGUGAGGUAGUGUUCAUGGUUUCAAUGUCCAUUCAGAAAUCUGAUGGCAGAGGGGAAGAAGUUGUUCCUGAAUCGCUGAGUGUGUGCCUUCAGGCUUCUGUACCUCCUUCCUGAUGGUAACAAUGAGAACAGGGCAAGUCCCAGGUGAUGAGGAUCCUUAAUGAUGGACGCUGCCUUUUAGAGGCAUCGCUCCUUAGAGAUGGCUUGGAUACUACGGGGGCCAGUGCCCGUGAUGGAGCUGACUGAGUUUACAACUCUCUGCAGCUUGUAUCGAUCUAGUGCAGUAGCCCCCCCCCCACCCCACCAGACAGUGAUGCACCAGUUAGAAUGCUUUCCACAGUACAUCUGCAGAAAUUUGUGUGCCUUCAGUGACAAAUCAGUUCUCCUCAAAUUCCUAAUGAAAGAUCACCACUGUUGUGCCUUCCUUGUAGCUGAAUGCCUUUAAAUUCUAUCAGAUGACAGUUAACCAAUCAAAUAGCCAGAUUCAAAUACCGUGACACCCAUCACUGAAACCAAGAAGUUUCCAGAAAAAAAUACAGAGGCAACUGCAACUACUGAAAUACUCACUGAACAAUUACGUGUGUAUAGGUGAUUGUUUAAAAAAUACAAACAGGGACAUCAAAAUACAACAACUGUACAGCCCAGUUCAACAGUGGUGCUAACUUUAAGAGGGAAUGUUGGCAACUGGUUGCUCCCUCUAUAAGCUGGUGAUUGUACCUAAUCACACAAUUGCACAAAAAGAUAACUUCCAAAGGCAGUUUCAAGAAGUAGUUGUUGGAGACAAGCUAAAGAAAUAAUUCCCUGUGGAGAAAGGUUUAAGGGUUUAAAGAUUAAAAGUGAGUAUUCUCAGGCUGGAAGGAACAAUGUUUUUUUGUAGUUUUAAUUUAUAGAUACAGCACAGGAACAGACCUUUCCGGGCCAGUGACCCCCGCACUGCCCAAUUGCUCCCGUGUGACCAAUUAAUUUACUGACUUAUGAAUUGUUUUGAACUGGCAGAUGUUCAAGGAGGCCACCAUAAACAGAGCAGACCAAGCGUGCCUCAUCUGGCAUCUUACCAUCAAUCUAAGGCAUUUAUCCACGAGGCGGCUGAAGAUGGGACCUCUCCGGAGCUGGAGGUCCGUCUGAAAUGGUCGGAGGGAGAAACCAACUGGAUGCCCGGGCAGACGUGCGACAGUCCGCUCCGCCACGGUUCCAGCGCCCUCCGCCUGAGUCUCCCACCCACUUCCGCACGUUCCAGAACGAAGAGAGGGAGACGGUGGAGCGAAGCCUGCGCUCCCUGAACGAGGGCGGAUUCUACUGGGGGCCGCUGCCCGUGGAGAAGGCUCACGCCAUGUUGAAGGCGGAGCCCGUGGGUACCUUCCUCGUCCGGGAUAGCACCCAGGCCGAUCACCUGUUCAGUCUGAGCGUUCGGGCCCACAGGGGGCCCGUCAGCAUGCGAAUCAAGUUCAAGAAAGAACGCUUCUGGUUCGAUAACACUCACUUUGACUGCAUGGUGAAGCUGUUGGAAUACUGUGUGGACAGCAGCCGGCACAAGCCUUUUGUCUUUGAUGAAGGAGACACGAUAGUCUUUUCCACCCCACUGCGGAAAAACCCUGUCCUCAAGCUAAAGCAGCUAUGCAGGAAGAACAUUAUCUGCCAUUUUGGGAGAGACGGAGUGACAAAACUGCCUCUGAUGCCCAGCCUUCGGAAUUAUAUCGAGGAAUUCCCAUUCAAAAUAUAGCCCCCAAGCCUGUCGAUGAUGUUGUCUUUCCUCCAUCAUUGUGGAACAGCUGGCCUGGAGUCUGGCUGCUGGGAAUGCCUCCCACUCACAGCGGAGAAAGUUGAUGUCGAUUGCCACUGACAGGCUCGGAGUGUCCCUCAGCCCUUUGUCUUGGGGCGAUGACGGGGACCGCGGCAAGCAGUGUGGAGCGCCGUUCCCUCUAAGCUGCGUAGAUGUGCAGCGUGCAGUAACUGAGAUGGCCCUGCGCACGUAGCCUUUGCUGGAACUUUCUUUUAAUAUAAUGUUUUGUUAAAGGGCCACGCAGUUUUCAGGCCAUGUACAAAGUUCCUCAGCGGUGCGAUGCUUGGUCUGCACGCCUGUAGAGAGAAAGAAAUAUUAAGAGGGGACCUUGGCGUGGAGACAGUUAGGGAGACUCUUUCACAGGGGGUUGGAGGCCUGCUGUGUGUGGAGCCCACAAGCUCUGCGAUGAAGGACACUCACUGAGUGAGCAGGGAGCUUGAAAUAGUGAGAAGGAAAUAUUUCUGUUCAAUUAAGUCAACAUGACACAGAUUUCAUUGCUAUGUAACGUGUUUCAUGAUUCACUUGAACAGUAUGAAAUAUGAUUCAUUAUAUAUUUUAAUUAUAUAAAUAAAUAUAUUUUGUUACAUAAAUGAAAAUGUAAAAUUUGAUCCGAUGUUCUGGGAAGUGGUAAAUAAACAAUCCUGGGAAAUAUUGAUUGGACGAAUGAACCAUGAGGAGAGUUUGGAUAGGCUACAAAAGUUUACUUCGGUGCAGAGAUGGUAGAAGCGAUAUUUAGCCGAAGUUUAUAAAAUUCUCGGCAAGCCCAGAUACAAUGAGUGGGAAGGGCUUAUUUCACUUGGCAGAGGAAUCGGAAAGCAGCAGUUUGAAGUAAUCUGUAGGUUAGAGAGAAGGGAAAAAGAAACCUUUUGUAACCCGAGGGUAUCGGGGGUCUGAAAUUCACUGCCUAAAGAGAGAAAGAAAAUCCUCUUCACUUUUAAAAACAUACUUGGAUGCAAGCUCAAAGCUGCGAGAUUACAGAUGUGAAAGCUGACAUUGGGAUGGUUAAAUCACAGGCACAGUGGGCUGAAUGGCCUCCUCCAGUGUUGUAACUAAGACGACCUGUGGAGUUGGUGGAUUUCCAUUGGUCUUAGGUUCGAGCAGGGGCUCCCAGCGUUUUUAUCCCAUUAACUGAGGGGUCUGUGGACCCCAGGUUGGGAACCCCUGGAUGAGAAGGUUGCUGUCAACAGUUAAUGUUGGGUCCAACAAUCAAAUGCCUAGGGUCGGGAAGGAGAGUCAGGUGUUCCUUGUAUUUAGAGAUACAGCGCAAAAUAUUCCCUCAGGCCCACCAAGCCGUGCUGCCCAACAAGCCACCGAUACAACCCUAGCCUAAUCACAGGACAAUGUACAAUGACUAACUAACCUACUAACUGGUAUGUCUCUGAACUGUGGGUGGAGACUGGAGCACCUGGAGAAGAUGCAUGCGCAUAAACAUUCUAAUGGCACCGGAAAUGAACUCCAAACUCUUGAAGCCCUGAGUACCACGCUAACUGUUACACGACUGUGUUGGUUGCUGUCGGUUGGUCCUCGCUUGGGAUGUCAGGAGU